AAGCAGCGGUAUCAACACAGAGUACACAUCUUGGGUUUGAGCUGAGAGCUGAGGAACAGAAGCUGCGAAUUCAGACGAAAGACAAAUAGUUUCUACAGUUUGAUCUGCAGGUGUGUUAAACAUCAGAGGACGUUCAAAUUCACCAAGUCAACAUGAGCAAUCAACAGUCUGCCUUUAAUGCAAAACCUGGAGAUUUGAUUGAAAUACCUCGAACACUUGGGUAUAAGCACUGGGCCAUCUACAUUGGACAUGGAGAUGUCGUACAUUUAACUUCAGAUGGUGCAAGUGGAGAUAUGAGUACUCGAUUCUCUAGGUCGGAAGAGAUUGCUGUGAUUAAGAGGGAGCCUCUCGCUGAGGUAGCUGGCAAUGAUUCCUGGAAAGUCAACAAUAGAUCGGACAUAAUAUGGAAUCCAUUACCCGUUGACAAGAUAAUAAAAAAGGCUAAAAAAAAGAUUGGAUGGAAAGUGCAUUACAAUGUACUAAAUUCAAACUGUGAACACUUUGUUAAUUCACUUCGGUAUGGUAUAGAGAUAUCAUUUCAGGUUAUUAAAACAUACUGCUUCUUUGGUGCAAUGGCCAUCAUCAACCCUGUUGCUGCUGUUGCUAGUGCUGCAGUUGGUGCCACCGCCAUUCUUAAAGGUUUGCCUUGUGCGAGCACAUCAUUGAAAAGCACAGCUAAAAAAUAACGGAGAGCGCUGCGUUUUUAUUAAAGCAUUAAUCAACC